GAAUUUCAAAAUCAGCAAUAUACGUCUAUUGAACUUUGUACAAAGUAUACAGCCUACACUGAUUCAAAACAAAAACAUUAUACAAAACACUUAAGCAUUUCUGAAUUUUUUAUAAUUUCUUUUAUAGUUUGUCCCCAUUUGUAUUUACCUAAGCAUCAAAGUUGAAUGUAUAGAUAUAUACAUAUAUAUGCAUACGUGUAUAUAUAUAACUGAUUAUUUGACUCUAUUUUUAUUAAGUGACACAGAAACAACAUUAUGUUCUUUGAAUUCAUCGCUUUGAUUGUCUUAUGUGGGUCGAAUGGUGUUAUUGGCGAUGAACGCGAUCAGAUACUCUUAGUGAAACCCAAAGCAGCUGAAAGCAAUUUAUUCUGUGAAUUCUGUACUUCAGCAAUGAACGCUACAAAGUACAUAUUGGACACUGAUCCUUUAUUACCGUAUAUUUAUAAAUAUCUAGAUCAAAUAUGCGAUUUAUUUCCUGAAAAUUAUCAAGAAAAAUGUCAUGAUCUUGUACACGGUGGACUAGUUGAGAAACUUCAUCAAUGGAUUGAUCAAAUCGAUAUUUAUAAAUUCUGUGCUAAAGUUGGGCUUUGUAAUAGCACGAGAUCAUCUUCAGAUUCUAGUGAUGAACUAUCUCGUAUAAAUGAACCCAUAGAAUAUGCCUUAACAUACUUGAUGAAUCCUCAGUACGUUGAAACAGCCUCGGAAGAAUUGUGCAGAACUUAUGCAGGAGAUUUUAACGAAUGUAAAGAUACAUUGAUGAUGCUUGCGAAUCAUUUCAUUAAGAUGCCACGACAACUGCUGGAUGUCUUUUAACAAAAUAAUAUAUCGUUUAAAUGAGGCUUCUUAACAUUGACGCUUGGUUUUCCUUAUCUCCUACAUUAUCACUUUGACACACAUUAUUAUUACUUGUCGCAGAUGUAACUCAAGGAUAAAUUUCUUUGAAAAAUAAAAAGAUACUUUACCU